AUGGCAUUUGCACAUGAACAGUCCUGCACAUCAGACAUGUCAGACAUUUCCAAAUAUUUGUCAUGUCAAAAAUCGUCUGAUGUCAAAUUCACGAUAUCCAGUCUGAAGAGGAAUGUGACAUCGGUGUCGAACAGUAAUGUACUGCGAACUGAAAAUGAUGGAAGUGACGAUGAUACGGAGAAUACUGUAGAUGAAAGUAAACGUCAACGGCUUACACUUAUAAAAAACGGACAAAUAGUUGAACCAGAAGAGAUAGAAAAGUCGAAGAGCAGCUUAGUUAUACCAAUGGUAAUGCAGAAAGAUUGGAGGAUUGAGCAUCUGCUGCGGAUGAAAAACGAGGGUAAAUUAAAUGAGGAAGAGCUAGCGAAACUAGACCUACUUACGGAGGCUACUUCGUCAUCAACUCAGGAGGCAAUCUGCUUUUCGCUUAUUCAUAACACAAAUCAAGUUGAUGGUAAAAUCAAUGAACCGGUUAGCAGUGUGGAUGCUGAUUAUGAUUCAGUACCAAUAGAAAUGUUUGGUCUUGCAGUGCUGCGAGGCUGUGGUUGGCAAGAAGGUGAAGGAAUUGGUAAAACAAACAAAAAGGUAGUGCCUCUGCGAAUCUCAUCGAGAAGGCCGAAAGGACUUGGAUUGGGUGCUGCUACUAUGUCAAAAUCAACCAUUAAAAGCUUGGAUUCAGAUGCAGAAAAAUUGAAUAGCUUAAAGAAAGCCUCUCCCGUGAAAAUUACAGGAGGAAUAUACAGAAAUUUGUACGGAAGAAUAGAGAGCUUGGAUGAAGAUAAUGCAAGUGUUAUUAUUCGACUGGCCGUAGGUGGCAAAAACGUUCGUGUUAAUCACUAUGCUGUGAUUUUGGUCACUGAUGAGGAAUAUGAACGAAAAGCAGAACAUUCUUAUGGCGGCAAACAUUCAAAUGAUAAAAUCGAACCGAAGGAUAAUGACAUGAGAACAUCGCAGGAAAGAAAUUGUAAGAGGCAGGAAUCAGAAAUUGCUGUUAAACCAAAUUGGAAAGAUAUGUGGGCACGGCCAGAACUGAAAGUGCGAUUUGUUGAUAAGAGAUUCAAGGAUGGAAGGCUUUAUAAUGAGAAGGUUCGUAUUCUAGAUGCAGCCAAUCGUAAAAAUUGCACUGUGGAAGACUCUUCUGGAAAUAAAUAUUUCGAAAUCAGUGAACAUUGGUUGGAAACAGUCAUACCAAAAGAGAGGGGCGCUAAGUUGAUGAUUGUGAAUGGUCCACUUCGUGGAAAUAUUGCGGUGCUGGAAGCAAGGGAUAAGAAAAAACAUAUGGUUUUCGCUAGAUUGCUAACUACUGAUGAAAUUGUUUCUAUGCGUUUUGAUGAUGUCUGUGAAUAUUUUGGUUCUUUUGAUGAGUUUUAA